AUGCCGGCGGCGCGGCGGGCGCUUCCGGGAAGAUGGCGGCCUGGAGAGCGGCGCUGGCCGCGGCCGCCCGCGCUCCGCUGCGGGGGCGGCUCGCCGCGCUGCCGAGCCCCCGGGGCCAGCAGCGGCCGCCGAGCUGGAGGGGCGCCGCCCUGGUCGGCGGCGGCGGCGCCGCCUUGGCCGCGUGUUACAGCAGCUGGCGGGGGCGGCGGGGGGCGGGCGCGCUCCCCGCGGUGCUGGCGCAGCGUAGACAGGAGCCAGCCGGAGGAGCCGCGGCCGCUUAGCUCGCCUGAGGUCAAGCAGAAAGAAGAUGUUGCUAAUGAGGAAAUGGCAGAACGACUGUCUCUUCGGAAGCAUCGCUUCAUGCAUUUUGCAUCGUUGGAAUAUGAAGGAGAAUAUUACAUGACACCAAGAGAUUUCUUAUUUUCAGUAAUGUUUGAUCAAGUUGAGCGUAAAGCUUCAGCCAAGAAACUGACAAAAAAGGAGGUAGAUGCUACACUGGCAAGUGUUACAAAAGCUAAACCUGGACCGACCUUUUUUAGAGAGCUUGGUGAUAAAGGCUUGAUCUCAUAUGCAGAGUACCUGUUUUUGUUGACAAUCCUUACAAAACCGCAGACUGGAUUUCAGAUUGCUUUUAAAAUGUUGGAUAUAGAUGGCAAUGAACAAGUUGAGAAGAAGGAGUUUUUUAAGCUACAGAGAAUCAUUGGGAAGCAAGAUGAUUUGAAAACAGCUGGAAAUGAGACAAUAUUCCAGGGAGCAGAAUUUGAAGACUCUGGUGUUAAUACCAUGUUACUGGUACAUUUCUUUGGAAGAGAAGGAAAGGAAAAACUUCGCUAUUCUGAGUUUUUCAGAUUCAUGGAAAAUCUGCAAACAGAAGUACAAGAAAUGGAGUUCAUACAGUUUUCAAAGGGUUUGAACGUCAUGAGGAAAGAAGACUUUGCGGAAUGGUUGCUGUAUUUCACUGAUGAGGAAAACAAUGAAAUUUACUGGCAAAAUGUGAAAGACAGAAUUCAGGCAGGCGAGAAUAUCAGUUUGGAGGAAUUCAAGACUUUUUGCAAGUUUACAAACAACCUGGAAGACUUUUCUAUUGCCAUGCAGAUGUUUACUGUAGCUAAUCGUCCUGUUAAACGAGCUGAGUUCAAGAGAGCAGUGAAGGUGGCAACAGGACAGGAGCUCUCAGAUAAUGUUUUGGAUACCAUCUUCAAGAUCUUUGAUCUAGAUGGAGAUGAUUGCCUCAGCCAUGGGGAGUUUCUUGGAGUCCUGAAGAACCGAAUUCAUCGAGGUUUGAGGGUACCACAACAGCAAGGGAUUCAAGGUUACUGGAAAUGUGUGAAAAGAGAAAGCAUUAAAGGAGCAAAAGAAGUCUGGAAACAAACAGGGAAAAGUCCUUUUUAAAGUAAUCCUUUGUUCCAUUACUACAAAUGUUAUUUAGAUGUUUUGCCUGUCUGGUUUACAUAAUAGCUGAAUCAUAAAUACUCAUUUUUACAAUAGUUAAACUUCAAUGAACCCAAUUUCUAUUGCAAUAAUUUUAUAUUAUUCUAGUACAAUCCGUUUGCUUUACAGAACUGUGAUCACUUUUGACUUCCAUACAGAAAUACUCUUGUUCUAAGGAAGUGUUGUUUACUACUUUGUGGAAUCUGACCUUGCACUGUAGCGUAUGGGAUAUGUAGGAUUAAUGAUAGUCACUGGCCAGUGUGCCAUGGCAAUAGUCUCUCCUGUUGGAAGAGCAGACAUCAUCUCAGUCAGCCACUAACACAGCAGUUCUCUUUCCCUGGCAAGGAUAGGAGUCCAAAAGCCUAAAUGACCUGCACAAUCCAUGCGAUAUCCAUGAGAUAUCCUAAAUCAAAAAGGAAGAUUCACAUGUGUCCUCCUUACUGUGAACUGCUUGUGUGCUAGUUCCUGAAGCUUGUGUGGUUGUCUGGUUUUGUCUACUUUCAUGAUGAUAAGAUUAAACUGGAAAUGUAAUACUGUUAAUAAGGGCUUUAAAAGUUAUACAUUGAUAUGUGAAUGUGCAUAGAGUUUUUAAGACCUCUUCAUCAAACAGAAUAAAUUAAAAACAAAAUUCCUCAUUCUAUCAUAAACAGUAGUAGAUAAAAAUUUAGUUGUAACUAUUUUGCUUUAAUUGUAUUGCAAAAGGUAAAUGUUUAACAAAUAGUUACUUUACCUUAAUAAAGGUGUGACAGGGAAUGCUGCAGUAUCUCAGGAACUCAAGGUUGAAACAGCAGGUCAUAGAAUCAUAGAAUGGUAAGGUUGGAAGGGACCUCUAGAGGUCAUCUAGUCCAACCCUCAGCAUAGUCCAUACAGGGAUUGAACCCACAACCUUGGCAUUAGCAGCACCACACUCUAACCAACUGAGCUAAACCUGCCCUGAGGUGUUAGGGGCAGAAAAGAAUAGGUCCAGGGAAAAAAAGUAAAUAAAAUUAAUGUUUUUUACUCCAAAAUACAAAUAAUUAGACAUAAGAUCUUAAACAGUAAAACAAACAACAUAUCAAAAUUAGUAUUUAGCAAUUAUAGAUGAACAGUUUUCAGAUAUAACAUAGUGUGAUUCUAUGUGUACACAGAUAUGCAUGUUACAUGUUUUCAUUUCUUAUAAAUUUAGCAACUUACAUCCCCAGGACCAGGUCAGUCUUCCUAGAAAUAUAGGAGACUGCACUAAUUUAUAAAGCUCUCAAGGUUCUUUCUCUUUCCUCUUCCCAUUUUUCCUAUUUGUCUAGGGUAAGGUGAAAGCUUAACCUUUUGGAAAAAAAAAGGUUUUUUGAUAGCAGACUCAAAAGGUCAACUGGGGAAAUGUGUCAAGAAAAACAACCAAGAAAUCUCACCACUCUGAGGAAAUCUCCAACCCUUUUAAGCAUGACACUAAAUAUGUUAUUCUCAAAGUUGUUUUGCUGUAAUUUUGGGGGGGGGUUCUGGGGCUGAGAGGGAGCUUUGAGAAGAGGGGAACUUCCCAUGAUAUACAGGUAUCAGAACAGCCCUCAGAUGGAAGAAAGGAGGAACUGCAUUAAACAACCAUUAAGAUCCUAUCUAAGGAGUACAGAGGUUACCAGCAACAUAUCUGGUAUGUCAGUAGUCCUCGGGCCAGUCUAUAAUGAGGUGAAAUCUUCACAAGCUUCGGCGCAGUAUCCUUAUCCAAGGAACUGGAUCAAGAAGCUAGCAAAGCAGCAGUGUGGUCUGGUUGUUGCCGCUCCCACCAGGGCCUUCUCUUGCAUCUUUAAUUUAAAUUGUGUUAAAGAGCAAAUGUUUGUAUUGUUGUGGUCUGUGGACAUGCACCCAAAAUCAUCACCAGAACAAGAGCAUGUGGGUAACAAGCAAGAGCUACGUGGGUAUCAACUGAGCCCUGUCUAGAAAAUCUUGUAGCAGUGACCACUGAAGAUUCCUUUACUUCCCCCAAGAAACUGUCAGAAUGAAAUAGAACACAGUGUAUGCCUCUCCUUCUCAAACUGAACUCAUAGGAUUGUUGUGUGGGCAACAAGAAAUUAGAGAGCUGAGUUCAUUUUGUACAUUUGGAAGAUGCCUGUCUCUUACAGUGAUGGGAUCCAUAAGUAAGAGAUGGCUAAUGGGAGCAAAGGUGAGGCAAUAGGCCUGGCAGGAAAAUAGCACAGCAAAAUUCACAUCACCAAGUAAUAAAAAAAGGACACAAUCAAGCAGGACACUUCUGUAGCGCGAAAGUAUGUGUGUUUACCCAAUGCAUGCUUUGCUCCACCUCUGGCUUUAAUGCAAGGGUACCUUUUACUUACUGCUGUUAAUAUUUUGGCAAAUCAUUUUUACUUUGGAAUGGAGAAUAUUAGUUAACAUUUUAUUCUGUGAAUUGUUAAUAGGUUUACGAUGUUCUUUUUUGCUUUUUGGUUUCUUUUGUUUAUCAGUGACUUGCUCCUUACAAGCUGUUUGGUUUUCUUUUGGAAAAAUGAAUUAAUCUAGCUCUAGUAUAUCUGGAAGUUUAGUGUCUCAUUGCUCAUUGUAUCUGGGUUUGUGCAAUCAGCAAGAUCUGGUUUUGUCAGCAAGUUACUAAAAAUGCAAUUUCAAAUUUUAUUCCUAAGGAAAAGGUUUUGUAUCAAGUUCAGAGGAAAAAGAAAACAGCUACACCUGUUUUAAAAUGAACUUUGUGUCUGUAGUAAAAUAAGCAAUGGAAUGAUUGAUUGGGAAUUAAGAUACAGUUAAGAAACAUUUUCAGAAGAACUUAUCCUCAAAGUACAGCCAGGAAGGAACACUUUUGAAGGCCAGGGAAGACUUCAACUUUGAAGAAUUAGACUAACUUUUAGUCAAUUCUUGUUCGUCUUCACUGAAAGGUUUUACAGCACAGUCUUAAAAUACUUUCUCAGAUUUAUAUCUUAGACUGAAAGAGCUGUUUACAUAAGUGUUUAGAUUGACUUUGUCUUUUAAGGAAUCCAUAGUAGUUUAGAUGUCUUGGUUCCUUUUAGACCUGAAGUAACUGUAUGGUAUUUGCAAGCUGUCUGUCAGCAUUACUCAAUAUGAUUUAUGUAAAUGUUUAUGCCUGUUGCCAUUCUAUCAGUUAAGCUUAAGGAUUAUGAUUUUUUUAAUGUUAAGAACCUUUCCUCUGAACAGAAAUACAUAGCAAAGCUAAAUAAAAAUAAUUUUGAAAAAAAAAAAAAAAACUCCAUCUGUGCUUAUGAGUGUUAUGUGGAGUAAAGAUUAAUAUAUUACACAUUAUGAAAGUCCCCAAAAUUGAUUUAACCUAUGCCAAAAGGGUGCACAGGGUGCGUACCAGUCAUUUUAUAUGGUAUAACUCAUUUACAGAAUUGUAUUUGUAUCCACAUAACAACACUGUUUAUGGGAAGUUUGUUUAGUUUAAGAUAAUUCUUAAAAUGAUAGUUUAAGAACAUUAAUUCUUAAUUCUUAAAACAAGUAAAGACAAGAAUACAGUGUGAUGUAAUAGAACUAAGAGAAACUCAUUGGUGGUUUCUAGAAAUUCAUGUUGGUUUCUUAAUUUAAACAAGCCACUUUCUAAAAGUAAAACUCUCUCUGGAAUCAAACCAAGUUGUUGAGUUUUAGCAAAAUACUCAACAAUGAGGGUAUAUAAAAAUUUCAAAAUAAAUGUUUUAUCAGAACAUUAUAUGGUUACAUCAAAAGCAAAUCUCUGAAUUAUUCCCUAUUUUCAGUGUAUAGUUUACUUUCUGAGUUUAAACAGGUUGCCACUGAUUGUGUUUGUAAACAUACCAGCCUUUGAUCUAAAAUCAGUUAUCAUCAGUGUUCCCUGUGGGUAUGUAUAUUGAACCAGUUAUUAUCAAAAGGGUGAACAAUAUAUUUAUUCUUAAUUUCAAGCUUUCUGUAGAGAACACUUAAGGGGUUUUUUUCAAUUAAUGUCUGUAUUUCAGAAUUAUAAAUGGUCUGUUUCUUAACUGUUUUAGAGCACAUGUGAAAUUUCAGAUACAGAAAUAAGACUAGGCCUUGGCUCUGAAGAAUUCACAAAUUAUACUUCUGAGUUACCUAGCAAACAGAGAUGAGUCAGUAAGAUAAGCUAGAAAGGCUGUGGGUUACAGUUUCAUGACAUUUCACAUCUACAGUGUGUUAAACAAAAAAGGGUCAUUGCACAAUAAAUGGCUUGAAUAAGGUCAAAGCUAGAUAUUCAGAGGAAAUACUUUUAAAUUCAAACAUCUUGACUACACUUUGACUUUAGCAUGCAGAUGCAUCAAUAAAUGUGUAUCAAAAUUCAAAAA